AUGCAGCAGACAAUGCAGCGUCCUCAGCCAGGCAACCUCUCCCAGCAGCUUCCAGCUAAGAUCUUCGCCGACAUUCGUGCGACCAUGUCACGAUUCCAGGGCUCGUGGCAGGCCACCUACGACCCGCGUGAUCGUGCGAACAGAGUGCUACAAUUGGUGACACAAUUACGCUUCAUCAAGUCAGACCCCCACCGCUGCGUGGAGAUUGCUAUCCAGUUUGAGUUGAAGGCCAUCUCAGAGGCGCAGAAUAAAGAGCAGUACAUUGAACAGAUGCAGAGAAAAUACAACGAAAUCUGCGAGAAGAGGAAACAACAAGUCGUCAACGCUGGUCUUGUGAACAACGGACAGAUGGGAGCCAACAACGGAAUGAACAUGCAGAAUGGAAUGAUGAACAUGUCAGGCAUGCAGAACAACAACGGCAUGAACAACAUGGUCUUUCAAAAUGGCAAUGUGCAAGGAGGGGGUCAGAUGGGCGGGCAGAACGCCAUCAUGCAAGCGCAAGCACAGCUUCAGCGGCCCAUGCAAGCUUCGCCCAUGCCCAUGCAGCAACAACAGCAGCAGCAGGGCGCCACAAUGAACCCGUCCGCCCUGCAGAUGAACCAGAUUCAACAUCAGCAGCAGCAGCAGAUUCAACAGCAACAGAUCCUGCAACAGCAAGCGCAGGCACAAGCCCAAGCCCAGGCUCAACAGCAAGCUCAACAAAUGCGCGCUCAAAAUGUGGCGCAGCAAGGUCAACAGCAGCAGCCGAACGCUAAUCAAGGACAGAGUGCGCAGGCUCAGGCGGCUCUGCAAGAAGCGAUGAUGCAGGCGCAGAAGAUAUUCAACAACAUGCCCGAAGAUCAGAGGAACAUGGCGCGUCAAAAGCUUCUGGCUGGAUGGAAUGACCAUACUCGAGCGCAAAUGACUCAAGGUGGUGGAGAUCCACUCAUGAGAUUCCUCACAUCGAAGGCGCGCGGAGACAUCCAGAAGCGACAGAACAUGCAGAAUGGCGGCCAGCAGAACAAGCCGGGAAUGCCGAUGGGCAAUAACGGCAUGACCAUGCAAAUGAGCAACAACAUGCAGCAGCGACCGCAGUCACAAGCCGGACAAAAUAUCGACUACUCCAGUAUAAUGGGCCAGCAGGCCAACGCGCUCAAGCAGCAAGAAUCUGGCGAGCAAGUCGUGCCUGCGAGUAACAAUCCCAAUGGCAACGCCGGUAACCCCAACAACAUGAAUCAGAUGAACCUGCCACAGAACGUCAACCCACAGAUGCUCGGCAAUCAGGCCGGUCAGGUCGGUCAGGUCGGCCAGGGCGCCAAUGGCAAUUCGAUGAAUCCCAACCAGAUGCAAAUGUUCUUUGCACAGCAAAAGGAUGCACAGCAAAGGGAGGCGAUACAGAAGCAAAUGAUGGCCAGGCAGACUAUGGCUUCGAGACAACAGCAAAGUCAACUUCAAGGCCAGCCUGGAGGUCUUCACACCCCGAACGCUUUUGGAAACAAUGCUCCCGGUCAAGUCAACAGCCCGGCCAUGCCCAUGCUGAAUCGUCCGAUGGCUGCUCCUGGCCAGACAACACCUGGAACGCCGCAGACGAACCGACAGCAGCCAAUGCCUGCGACGCCAAUGAACCCGGCAAGUCAGAUUGCACAACAUCACCAGAACAUGCUCAACCAGAACACCCAACAGCAGCAACAACAGCAAAUGGGUCAAAUGCCUUCGCAGCUGACCAACCAGCAGCUCAUGGUGGUCAUGUCGAGACUGAGUCCGGACGUCCAGGCGAAGUUGCGAGCUAUGCCGUCUCACCAGGCGCAAGCUAUUCUCACGAAAAUGGCGACGAAUGUCUCGAGGCAGCCUCAACAAGCACAGCAAGGGCAGCAAGGUCAGUCAGGCCAGCAAGGAAUGCCGAACAUGGGAGCUCCAGAGCAGCCCAAACAGCAAGCGCAGAUGAUGCAGCAAAACGUUGCCAACGCUAUUCCCGGAUUCAAUGCCCAACCGCCGAUGGAUCAGCAAGCCAUGACCAUGGAACAGGCCGCGCAGAUGCAGCAGGCCCGCAUUCAACAGCAGCAACAACAGCGGAUGAGAGGCCAAGCCAUGGACCUCAUGCCGUUUCCGAAAAUGGCCCCUUCGCAAUUGCAGAUCGCCGUCCCGCAAGGCGUUGUACGAUGGGGUGACUUGAAGAUGCACAUCAACCAAAACAUGACGACGGUGCCUCCGGGGACUCUGGAGCGAGCGUCACAAAUGCAGCAGGCUUGGUUUCAGAGUCACCCGGAAGAGGUCAAUAAUGCAAUCAAGAACUUGCAUCAGCAGCAGAGUCUACGAAUGCAACAACUCCAGAUGCAACAACAGCAAUCGCAGCAGCAACAGCAUCAGAUGCAAUUGCAGCAGCAACAGCAGGCUCCGCCCGGUCAGAUGGCGAACAACAGCUCGCAACCGCAACCCAGUGCACCACCUGCGCAGAUGGUUCCGCCAGCGCCUAUGAUGCAGACGCCCAAUCAGGGUCAGCAGACCGGUCAAGAUGGUGGCCAGCAACGAAUGCCUCAGUUCGCAUUCUCAGCACAGGAGGUGAUGGACUUCAGGGCCAAGUUGCCUGCCAACCAACAGAACCUUCCCGAUGCGAAUAUAAGGUCCGCUCUUCAGAGAAUGCGAGAGACUGCAAUCCACAAGGCGGCGCAGAGCGCUCAACUCCAGGCUCAGCAGCAGCGGAACAUGAUGCAGGCCGGCCAAAUGCCUGGUCCGCCUGCGCAUUCUGGUGUGGCGCCACAAGCCAAGAUGUCGAAUGCGAACCAAGCCGCGCAGCGCACACAACAAACUCACCAGCAAGGCAACGACGAUGUUGUUGAGAUUUCAAGUCAGGCUGCCAAGCAGCAUGUCCCACAAGCACCCAACAUGCAAGUGAACAAGUCGCAGACGUCUCAGCCGCAGAUGCCACGUCCGACACCGGAAAUGCUGGCGAAGUUGUCCCCCGCUGAGCGCGAAGCUUUCCUGCAAAAGGCUCAGCGCUUCCAGCAGGCGCAACGCGAGGCUCUGCGCAAGGCACAAGGUCAAGCAGGGCCACCCGUCAACCCGAACCCGUCCCAGGCACCGAGCAUGGCGAUGAACCCCAAUCAACCAAAGUUCACUCCAGCUCAGGCUGAGUUGAUGAGCAAGAUGUACAAUGAGGUUGUCCGGGACAGCCAAAAGGGCCCAGCCGUCAUGAUUGAUGCCGCAGGUCAUGAGAAGGCACGUGCCAGCAUGAGGAAAUUGUGGAUACCUCUACACAGGAUCGGGAGCACCUUUGGCUUUGCGCUGACGAGCGGAAUGGCUCCUCAACGACUGAAAGAAGUAUUGGAGUGGCAGAUCCUCAUCCGGCAGAAUGCUUCCGGCCCGGAUGGCAACAUCAAGGAUUACCUUUCCGUUACUCCUGAGCGACUGGCCGAGAUCGAAAUCGCACUGGGCAACUACAUGAGCGAGGUGAAGCAGAGGCGCAAUGCCAUGGAGCUCGCUCAGGCCAAGGCCGCUCAGGCUCAGAAUGUUUCUCCACCACAAGCAAAAGAGGCGCCACCCAUGGCACAGAAGCCAUCUCAGCAGGGGCAUGUACGCAAGGCCUCGGCGACAUCAAAGGUACCUCCAGCUCCAACCGACAACAAGACCUUUGACUGGUCGAGUACGAGUCCACACGGCGUUCCCAAGUAUGAGCCGGGUCGGAAUGAGCUCACCCCAGAUAAACUCAAGUUCCCUCCGUCCAAGAAGCGCAAGAUGGACAGUCAAGGUUCGACUCCAGCAGCGCAGCAAGGAGGCACACCGGCAGCACCUGCAGCAAGUCCUGCUAUCCCAAUUUCUAAGCCGAGUCCCGAGAUUGCGCGGAAGAACCUCCAACAACUGCAGCAGCAGCAGCAGCGAAUGGAAGCUCAGCGUGAAGCCGACAAGCACAAGUUCCGCUGUCAGGACACCACAUGCGAUGCAUCUCUGCAGGGCUUCGAGACGGACGAGCAACUCAAGCAGCAUAUGCAGACCCUGCAUCAACCCGUCGAAGAUCCUCUCGCGUUCUUGCUGGAGCAGGCCGCGAAGGCUUUGGAUGUGGACAUGGAUGGCAAGCCGCUUGCGUCUUCUCCUCCUGCAGCCGCCGUCGCAGCGCCUUCAAAUGGCCGUCUUACCAUUCGCGACCUCAAGAAGGAGGAUCUCACCAAGUACGAACAGGAGCAGCUCAACAAGGGCAUCACGCCGGCCAGUGUCAAGGCCAAGCUCGCAAAAAAACAAGACGAUCUCGCUGGCGCAGCCCACAAGGCGAAGAUGGCCAAGAAGAAGGAACUCACGCUGGGCGAGUCCAUCGCACAGAAGAUCGGUCUUCCCAUCGCCGCCGAACCCGCCACAACCGAAGGCGCCACCGAGGAGAAGACUCAGCGCACACCUGGCCGAUUUGACCACAUCGGACCGAACUACCUCAACGAGUGGGUUGACGACUGUCCAAUUGGACCGGACGGCUGGUACGAAUACGAUCAUUAUUGGAGGGACAUCGAAGACAGGGCUCAUUACGAGGUGCAUUUCUGCCAAUUCGAUCCGGUGAACGAUACAUGGGAGCUCCGUGACGAGUUCAAGGACGCCGGGCAAUCGUCUUCGCCCGAACUCACUCCUGACAGCUCGAGCUCGCAGUCCUCGCACGAUAGCGAUGUGGGAGAAGGCGACGCGGCGCAUUUCAUGCUUACGAUGGAGGACUGGAAUGAGAGCGGUGGUGUGCCGGAGAGCAUGAUCCCGCUGUAUCAAAAGAUCAAGGACAUGAGGACGGAGGACGAGGAUUUGGUGAUGGCUGAUGCUGGGGGUGAGGAAGGUGCGCAGGAGAAGGAAGGCAAUGGUGCGGAGGCGUCGAAGAAGAGAAAGGCUGAGAUGGAUGGCUUGGUGACGGACUUCCAGUACGAUUACUUCAAGUCCAUGAAUUAG